CAUAAAAAACCAAAAUCGAAGGGUGAACAAGAGACUGCGUGAGGAUGAAUAGGAAGAAGAAGAAUAAAGAAGAAGAUGAAUCUCACUGUCACUCGCACACUACCAGAGGAGUUGAUAGCAGAAAUUCUGUUGAGGUUACCGGUGAAAUCUCUUGUGCGUUUCAAAUGUGUGUGUAAGUCAUGGUUCUCUCUCAUUUCCGAUCCCCAAUUUGCAAAAUCUCAUUUUGACCUAGCUGCUGCACCCACCCACCGACUUCUGGUUGAUAAAUCUUUUCGUGCAUCCAUAGAUAUAGAAGCAUUCUUUGACGAUGAUUCUGCUCUAGUACACCUCGCUACUCCCAUUCCAUUCUACCGCAAUAGUUCUUUAAGAAUGUUGGGUUCCUGUCGAGGGUUUAUACUUUUAAAGUUUGGUCGUAAUAGUAAUUUUGAUUUAAUUCUAUGGAAUCCAUCAACCGGUUCCCAUAAAACAAUACCAUUCUCUCGUCCCUACUCAUGGUCCAGUUCUUAUUGUGGUUUAGGGUAUGACGUAGCAACUGAUGACUACUUGGUAAUUACUAUCUUGCCACAUCGCAUAGAGUUUUUCUCCUUGAAAACCAAUUCAUGGAACAAAAUUGAGGGUAAUUAUCCAUUUUCGAAGGAUGGUGAUGAUUGGGGCUGGUAUGCAUACAAAGUUGGCAAAGUUGGCUUAUUCUUGAAUGGGGCUCUUCAUUGGUUGGAUGUCCCUGAUGGUGUGGAUGUGGUUGACAAAACUGCCAGAUGUCUCAGUCUGUGUUAUUGUUGGUCAAGGGGUACGAGUGAAGCAAUGAUUGAGAUAUGGACGAUGAAAGAAUAUAAAGUGCAGUCAUCUUGGACUAAGUCCGCUGUUUCGAUUACUUUUCUCAUGGCGCCUGACAUCUACCUUUCCCCGAUAUGCUUCACUGAAGGUGGUGAAAUUGUUGUUGGAUCAGAUGACAGGGGAGUAUUAAUGAAACUUAACGGUGAAGGAAAGCUGCUUAAUUAUCGAAAAUAUAAUCGAGGCUUCGUGGAAUCUAUGUCAUUAUCGAAUCCAUUCUCCAUUAUGUACAGAGAGAGUCUGCUAUCACUUCCUAGUGAUAUUGGGGAAGCAAAUAAAGAUGACCAAUAGUAACAAACAAGAAGAAUUAGGGCCUUGAAGUAUGCAGAAUAUUUAAUAUGGUUACGUUGAUAUGGUAGCUUUCAUUCAGAUGAUGAUGAUACUGCUAGCAGAAAGCAUAGCAUAAGGAAGAGAAUGUCAUUUAUUUGGUUUUAAAUAAUUGUGUCAAUGCAAAACUAGUGUCUCUUUAAUGGUAAUUUUAGUAUGGUUGGAGUGUAUGUAGACUUAAGUUUUUAAUUAUAUCACAAAGUAGGAUAUAACAAAUCCUAGUUGGAAUUAGUAUGUGCUAUUCAACAUCAUUAUCAU